AUGUUGGGAACGCGGUCUUUGUUUUACGAGCUUUUCGCCAUCAUACCAUUAGCGCUAAUACCUAUUCCCUUGCCGACUCCCAAAAAGAAGUUCAUCCACUUCCCCAUACAAAUCCCCAUACAGAUACAGAACGAUAGUCCCAAUGAUAUCACGUCCCGUCCCUCCUCUUAG